CGGCACCGCCCCUGGCCUCCGCCAGCGCCGCGGACCGGGCCGGGGCCGGAGCGGGCCGAGCCGCCGCGCCCGCUCCAUGGAGGCCGCGGCCGAGGCCCCCGGGGGCCCCGCGGCGCUCAGCUGCUUCUCCUACAACCAGGACUGCACCUCCCUGGCAAUUGGAACCACAACUGGAUACAGGCUCUUCUCCUUAAGUUCUGUGGAGCAACUAGACCAGGUCCAUGAAAGCAAUGAAAUCCCAGAUGUUUACAUCGUGGAGCGUCUGUUCUCCAGCAGCCUUGUGGUUGUGGUCAGUCAUGCCAAGCCACAGCAAAUGAAUGUCUACCACUUCAAGAAAGGGACAGAGAUCUGCAACUACAGCUAUUCCAGUAACAUACUGUCCAUCCGGCUGAAUCGUCAGAGGCUGGUUGUUUGCCUGGAGGAGUCAAUUUACAUCCAUAACAUUAAGGACAUGAAGCUUUUGAAGACUAUUCUGGAUACGCCUCCAAAUACAACAGGUCUGUGCGCUCUCUCGAUCAACCACGCCAACUCCUACUUGGCUUAUCCCGGCAGUGCGACCAGCGGAGAGAUCGUGCUUUACGACGGAAAUACUUUGAAAACAGCCUGCACGAUUCCUGCCCAUGAUGGGCCUCUGGCUGCUCUCGCCUUCAACUCCACCGGCUCGAAGUUGGCAAGUGCUUCCGAAAAAGGCACAGUCAUUCGUGUAUUUUCCAUUCCUGGUGGGCAAAAGCUUUAUGAAUUCCGGCGAGGGAUGAAAAGGUAUGUGAACAUCAGCUCUCUGGUCUUCAGCAUGGAUUCCCAGUUCCUCUGUGCUUCCAGCAACACGGAGACCGUGCACAUCUUUAAACUGGAGCAUCUCUCUGACAGCCGGCCAGAAGAGCCUCCAACCUGGAGCGGUUACAUGGGAAAGAUGUUCCAGGCUGCUACCAACUACCUCCCUGCUCAGGUAUCAGGCAUGAUGAACCAGGAUCGAGCCUUUGCCACUGUCCGCCUGAACAUCUCUGGACAAAGGAACAUCUGCGCCCUCUCCACGAUUCAGAAGCUGCCUCGACUCUUGGUGACUACGUCAGAUGGACAUCUCUAUAUCUAUAACUUGGACCCGCAAGAUGGAGGGGAGUGUGUCUUAAUUAAGAAACACAGUCUGCUUGGCUCAGGAAAGAUGGAGGAGAACAAAGAAAAUGACCUUCGGCCUCCAUUACCUCAAUCUUAUGCAGCAACUGUAGCCAGACAAAGUACAGUGCCUUCAACUUCGACCAUGCCAGGUUAUUCGGAGGACGGUGGUGCCCUGCGAGGAGAGGUUAUCCCAGAGCAUGAAUUUGCAACUGGACCAGUGUGUCUUGAUGACGAGAAUGAGUUUCCUCCUCUAGUGUGGCGCUGGCUCCCGCUGCGUGAGUGCAUAAGGAGAGUUGGUCGGGAUGUUUUGAUGCUCUGAAUUUCACUGAACUUCGCUGUUUUCUCAACCGAGAUGUUCGGUCUCAAUGACGCGUUCGAGGGGGGUUUCAGGCAUCGGUCACUUCUGUGUUGAGAAGGAGGGAGAGAAAAACCUGACCUUAUCCAACAAAAAUGUUUUGACAGCAUUCUGCUUUGCGGAAACAUGGGAAGAGUUUUGUUUGUUUUCCAGUGUGCAACAAAAAGACAUUUAAAAACCUCAAAACUUGUGACAAAAUGGAAUAUUCACCCGCAGCCCACGCCACGAGUACGGCUUUGAACUUAGACAUACUUCUGGAGGAACAGCAGUGCUCAGACCCAGCAGUUCCUCUCCAUUUUGAAACAUCUUGCCUUCCCCUGACCUCAAGCAAGACUUCAGAGGCUCAGCUGUUAAGAGCAAGGAAAAGCAGCUUCAGUCUAACAUAAAAUCUGUUGCCGAUUGUUGAAAACUGCCUCUUCAUUAAACAGAAGGAGGGACAGAUCAGAGAAGAGAUGGGAAGCCCAAGGAGGGCUCAUAAAAAGCGGCCUCAACAAGAGUGAACGUGGAUGUUCCUACUGAUUGUGCCAGGACUGCUGAAGGAUCCUGCGGCAAGAGGUUAAACAAGUUCAAUUACAUCUCUUCCUUGCGCUGAUGGGGUGGAUUAGGCGCUUUCAGGUCUGCUCUUGAUCUUACACAGAAAGGACUCGGGCGUUAUUGAGAUGGACAGGAGGCUAAAGCCUCCGGUGAAGAGAAGGUGCCAUGCCUGAGAGGUGCUGGGAGGAGGCUGCAUCAUCUUGCUCUGCCUGGUCAGAAGGCUUUGUGGGAUGGGAAGAGCAAACCCAGCUCUGGCUGCAAAUGGUUGCGGUGAUUAUAGCUGUUUUCUGGUUACCUGCCUACACAGCUGCCACUUUUCUGUGGGUUUAUCAGUGUCGGUGAGGUUUCCAGUGGUGCUGGGAGCUGUUGGUGUUUGCUUCGGGCCAGGCAGGGCACUGCUUGGCCAGCUCCGCUCUCCCCACCAAGGCACGGUCAGAACAGUUUCGGGGUAGUGCUGUGAGGUUUGACAAAAGAAAUCCUACAGGAUACAGCAAGCAAGAUGGCCUGUGGAUCCGAGGAAUGCACACCAGGGGAUCUCUCCUAAAACUUCUGAGAUUUCUUCCAGCAGAUUGCUCAGUGCUUUUCCAGGCAUACAUGAUCCGUCCUGCAUUUGGCUUGCACGCUGAAGCUUGUCCGCUUGGGGACCAGAGCUGAUGUGAAGGGUUUAUCAGGAGAGCCAUUUCAUUGUCAGGAUAGAUUGCGUACAGCAGUCAGUUCUUCAAAGACAGCUUCCCCUCGCUGAUGCACUGAUAGUCUUAAAAACCAUCUCUUUCACAUCGAUUUUUGGCUAUCUCCAAACCUGUUUGGGCAGCUUGCCUGUGCUGCCAAAGGAUGCUGCUGCCUGUGCGUGCCUGUGGCUCCUGCCUGCAGCAUUCAUUACGGGGUGCGCAGGGUGGAAUAACCCCCCCCAGCAGUGAGCAGCAGUGCUCAGCAGCUCCUCGCUGCAGCUCCCGCUCCUACCUGCUCCCUGAAAGGAUGGGCAGGACCAUGAGCUCCAGCAGCCUGUGCACCACGGCCGCCUUCCAGAGCACAAUGUCCCCACCCUGGCAGCGCUGCUGUCUGCAGGGGGGAGAAAUGCUUCCCCAGAUCAGUGCCCCCGCCUCGGGUCCGCACACAUCCCUCCUGCUCCAAACCACGCAUCUCAAUACAAGCAGCCAGGUUGCAGACGCAUCUUUGGCUCCGUGGGACCGGUAUUUGCCCAAGUUCUUCCUCGCUGUUUGCUGGAUGGUGUUUCACUUGUUCUGUUGAGCAGAUAGGCAACGCUAAAGAUUUUAAGUGUUUUGGGGUUUUUUAACAGCUGUCUGUUAGCAAAGGAGAGGCAGUAGAUUUUGCAGUAGAGCUCUACUAGUAAUCGUGUUUCACGGGGAAUGAGCAAGUUUGGCAGAACCUGACUGGCCUCUUCUUCCUCAUGGCAGCUCCUGCCUGGUAGCUCAGACAGGCAUUUUGGGCACCUGGGACGUGCAGGAUUAAGCCCAGCUUAUCAGUACGUUAUCUUGGGAAACAUGUAAUCGAGUGCCAAUGUCUUGUGCCUCAAAACCAGGCAAGUGAUGGUCCCAAAGGCCAUGGAGACAGAUCCCUGGAGGAGGAGCUGGCACAGACCGUCCUGCGGCUGGGGCUGUGGGGAUGGCAUCCACACGGCAGGGAGAUGCAGGUCAAGUCUGACAAGGCCGGAGCUGAUGAAGGGGAGACCUUGGCUCAUGGUUCGUGUCUGCAGAGGCACCGGCAGCUCUGCCCAAGCCUCAUCCAGCAGCAGGUGCACAUCCUGCCCCAGGGUCUCCAGCCUCGUCCUGUGGCUGAGUAGCUGAUGUGCAUGGUUCAGGGUCCUCGCUGCUGCCUGCUUCUUCUACGCGCCUGCUUUACUCUUUCACUCAAAGGUUUCGCUGAUACUUAGGCUAGGCUUCCCCUCACUUAAUGCAGUCUAACGUGCAGAUGUUUAACUCUGGGCUCCAUCUGGAGACCCUGGAGAGACAUGGUGAAGCACGGCACACACCUUUCCCCUCCCGCCAUGCCAGGAGCUGAACUUUUGGGAGGACUUAGCCAGGCAAACGGACCUCACCCCCGGUAACCAAACUCCUACAAGCACGGCUGUGCACAGCCCAAUGCCAGCUAGAGGCAAGACACACUUAUCACCAAGCCAGAUGGUUCCUGUUCCCAGGACUGUAAAUUUGGGGAGGGGGAGAAUAAAUAAAUAAACCGCUCACAAGUUGCCUUUGAAUGGAAAGUAAAACACUGCAGGACAUCCCUCCCCCUUCUCCUCCCAUGUGCGUAAAACCAACUUGAAACACACCCUGUUGCUGGGAAAAGUAAGGCCGUUCUGUUUUGAUUUUGGUAGAUAAUCUUGUGCCGUGGAGGUCAGCCGGGCAAAGCGAAGAGGUCAUGAUGAGAAGCAAACAUCCGCGCUUAGGACAGCUGCUGGGAAGUGCUUUGGAAAAGCCAGGAAUUUCGAAGAACAGAUUUGUGAAUCCCCAAGAUGAGAAAAAAAAAAAAAAAACCCAAAUCCAAGGUGGGCCACUGCUUUUUCCUACGGUAUGUUUAAGUGAAUACCUGGCCCCGCUAGCCCCUUGUUUUAAUGUGUGUCUGAGUGGGGUGUCAAUGUACUGUAUGCACAUCACUAUAUUUAACAAACUAUAUGUUAGAACGACAAUGUAAAUGCUAAUUUAAUCAGAUUUGUAUGUAACCAGAAUUUUAUAUACCCAUUUGUCCCUUUUCUAAUUUAUGCUGGUUUAUGUGUAUAAAUGUACUUAUAGGAAGAUAUAUUAAACUUAUGUCUUUGUACAGUAUAUACAUACUAUUUUACCCAGGCAAAGUAUUUUUGCAGUGAUAUUAGAGAAGAUGCCAUUUGCUAUGUUUAACGACAGAAUAAAGUCACGGUCUGUCCCUGGCA